AUGGUUCUUCACCAGUUUGACUACGUCUUCGCCAUCGGCAUCAUCUUCGCCUUCCUCGAUGCCUGGAAUAUCGGUGCCAACGAUGUCGCCAACUCGUUUGCGACCUCCGUCUCGUCACGGUCCCUGACCAUGAUGCAGGCCAUGAUGAUCGCUACCGUCAUGGAAUUUGGUGGUGCCGUUCUCGUUGGAUCCCGCGUGUCAGAUACCAUCCGAAAUGGUAUCAUCUCGACCUCCAAGUUCAAGGAUCAGCCGGCCGUUCUCAUGUUGGGAAUGAUGUGUGCUCUGGUUGGAUCUUCUACCUGGCUGACCGUUGCGACCAAGUUUGGUAUGCCGGUCUCAACUACUCACUCCAUCGUCGGUGCUAUCAUCGGUGUCGGCAUCGCGACUCUGGGCACAGAUGGCAUCCAGUGGGCUUACAACGAUGGAAAGGGUGUUGCUGGCAUCGUCAGCGCCUGGUUCAUUGCACCUGCCAUCGCCGGUGGAUUCGCCAUCGUUGUCUUCCUCAUCACCAAGUAUGGUGUGCUCGAGCGUAAACGCCCGCUACGUGCUGGUUUCAUGAUGGUCCCUCUUUACUUUGCCGUCACCUCUGGUAUCCUGACCAUGGUCAUCGUUUUCAAAGGAGCACCAAGCUUGAAACUCGACAAACUUAGCACUGGACAGGUCCUCGGUGCCAUCUUUGGUGUUGCUGGUGGUGUCGUGCUCCUAUACGGAAUCUUCUUCCUGCCGUUCCUAUACCGAAAACUCCAGCUCGAGGACUGGCAGCUCAAGUGGUGGGAAAUCAUCUACGGUCCUCUCCUAUGGAAACGUGGACCCGUCCCACCUCGUCCAGAGGGCGCCUUGGUCGUCCAAGAUUACUACAAGGGCCACAAGACCAAGGAGGAACUCACCACUGGUGGUGUCACUGGCGACGUUGAGCACGCAGUUCCUCAGGAUGAGAAACAAAACUCAGAGGAUGGCAUCAAGCGCGGUUCCAGCGAGGUGUCCCCCAACGAUAAGGCCGGUGAACAGUCUCUCGAGGUUCAUGAGCAGGCCGCCCUUGGACCAUGGUACACACCUCGCAACCUAUUCCUCAAGGCCAAGUACUACUUCCUCCGUGGUGUUGACCGUGAUGUCGUUUCCGAACAGCACGACUCGCCAGCUACCAACUUCCUCACCGGAGACCUGGACAAGAUGCACGCUGAAGUCAAGCAUUACGAUAACAAGACCGAGCAUCUUUAUUCUUUCCUCCAGGUCUUGACUGCUGCCACUGCUUCGUUCGCUCACGGAUCCAAUGAUGUCUCCAAUGCCAUCGGCCCCCUGACCACCAUCUACUUGGUCUGGGAUACCAACACCAUCGCCAAAAAGGCCGGUGUCCCAAUUUGGAUUCUCGUCUUUGGAGGUGCCGCCAUCUCCAUCGGUCUCUGGACAUACGGGUAUAACAUGAUGCGUCAGCUCGGUAACAGACUCACCCUCCACUCUCCUAGUCGUGGUUUCUCCAUGGAGCUCGGCGCCGCCAUCACCGUCAUUCUCGCAAGUCAGCUUGGUCUGCCCAUCUCCACUACCCAGUGCAUCACCGGUGCCACUGUUGGUGUUGGAUUCUGCUCCGGCACCUGGAGGGCUGUCAACUGGCGUAUGAUUGCUUGGAUUUACCUUGGCUGGUUCGUCACCAUGCCUAUUGCUGGUAUUGUCUCUGGCUGUCUUAUGGCUAUCAUCAUCAAUGCCCCCCAAUGGUCUGGCAUGGCUGCAUAG